CUUUUGGCGGCGCCCGCAAUCAGCAUCUGCCGCGGAUCGACGCACACCCGAGACACCCUGGAGGGCCAUUCUCUGCGGGUGCUCGAUGGCCAUUGCCCCGACUGCUGUCUCGGGCAUCUGUGGGCGGUGGGAAGGCCAGACCAAGAACCGCGUCCAGAACAAACGAGAGCGCCGAUCUUCCUGACCCAGGACCAGAUCGUGCCUUUGAUCUGCCACGAAAGAGGGCCGCACAUCGCAAGAGCCACUUUGCCGCCCCUCGACCCAUCUGCAAAUGUCGGCCCCGACGGAUUUUGAUCAGUGGUCACGCGAGGAUCUCAUCGCCAGGAUUCGGCAGUUGGAGCAAAUGCAGCCGGGAGCCAGCCCCGUCCAGCCUGCCCAGGCCAAACCAAGCGAUCAGCCCAAGCCGACCGCUGCCCCAACCCCAAAGAAGACCCAGCGCCCUUUCGACUUUUCAAAAUACUCGGCCAGGCAUGUUGCCCUCAAGGUUGCAUAUCUCGGACACAAGUACUCUGGUCUCCAGGCGGUCCAGGCCGAGGGAGUCGAAACCAUCGAGUCGCAUCUCUUCCAAGCGCUGGUGACGGCCAAGCUGAUUCCGGACCCCAAAGUCUGCAACUGGUCCCGCUGUGGCCGCACAGACAAAGGCGUGAGCUCGUUCGGCCAGGUGUUCGGAGUCUAUCUUCGGAGCAACCUGCCAAAGGACUCACCCGAGGCCGUGGAGUGGACCAGUCCCGACAAUCGUGCCAACGACAACGACGAUGUUGAUGACAAGCCUCAGCCCAAUGCCGAGCAGCUGAAGCGGCCCUCUGGCCCUGUUCCUGAGGAGCAGCGCAUCCGGACCCACCGGGCCGAGUCUGCGUCCUUCUCGGAGCUGCCGUAUGUUGCCAUCUUGAACCGCCUGCUGCCGCGGGAUAUUCGUGUGCUGGCUUGGUCGGCCGUCGACAAGCCCUUCAGUGCCCGCUUCAACUGCACAGCCCGCCGAUACAAGUACUUCUUCCCGGCCGAGCGGCUCAACGUCGCCAAGAUGCGGCAAGCGGCGCGCUACUUCCGGGGUGUCCACGAUUUCCGGCACUUUUGCAAGGUCGAUCCCACAAAAACGGUCAACUACGAGAGAACGGUCUACUACGCAGACGUCUUUGUGCGCGAUACGGAGGACGGGCUGUCGGAGGCCAGCGACGAAGCAAAGCCCGCUAUCGGCGGCGAGGCGGGCUUCGACAGCGAUCCAACGCAAAUGUACGUCUUUGUCGUCAAAGGACAGGCAUUCCUCUGGCACCAGGUCCGCUGCAUGGUGGCCAUCCUGUUCCUGGUCGGCCGCGGUCUCGAGGAGCCCGAGGUCGUUCUGGACCUCCUCGAUCUCAGCAGACAUCCUCUCGGGAGCGGCAGACCCAACUACGAUAUCGCCAGCGAGUACCCCUUGGUUUUGGUCGACUGCGAGUAUCCAGAGGGCACCUUUGACUGGCAGCUCGAGGCUGGGCCGGUGCCCGAGAAAGACGGGCUCAACGAGUUCCGCUUGAUCGACGCCGUGUGGAGCAACUGGAAGCAACGGGAACUGGAGGCAACGCUCUCCAAGAGCCUCAUCCACGAACUGGCCCUCGGAUUGGGCACCAGCGUCGACAACUUUGCCGACACCCUAGCCAAGGAUCCCCGAGGUCCGAAGUACGUCAAGCUGAUGCAGCGCUCGCGCGCCGACUCGAUCGAGACCAAGAUCGAGAAGCAGAAGGCCCGCCAGGCCCAGCGACAGACGGGGGACCAGCCGGAAAAGUCACUGGCAUCGCCAGGAUCAGCUGCAGGCCAAAGAAAGCACAAGCAGCCCAGUCCAGUGUCGGAGGCAAAGCAGCUGAAAAAGCCCAAGAUCACCAGCGAGUGACCGGCCAGAGCAGAUGAGGCGGGAGAAUUCCGACGGCGCAAUAAUCUUGCGGUGGCGUGGCAUGAGCGACAGAGGUACGAACUGCGGUGUCAGAUCACCGUUUGUAUCUCAGGGCUGCAGGAUGUAUCCCCAAUGAGAACGGAUGGUCCCGCCCGAUGGAAGCAGCGCCAAUAUACUCUUUGUUGUGCCCCACCGCACAAUCACUUCGAA